AUGUGGUCCAACAACACUGCUGCUCCCUUCUUGCUGAUUGGCUUUCUGGGCUCAGAAGCAAUUCACCACUGGAUCUCCAUCCCUUUCUUUUUCAUCUAUCUCUCCAUCCUCUUAGGGAAUGGCACACUUCUCUUCCUCAUUUGGAAUGACCACAGCCUUCAUGAGCCCAUGUACUACUUCCUGGCUGUGCUGGCAGGUACAGAUCUUGGAAUGACAUUGACUACAAUGCCCACAGUCCUGGGUGUCCUGUUGCUGAACCAGAGGGAGAUUGCCCAGGGUGCCUGUUUCACUCAGUCCUACUUCAUCCACACACUAGCUAUCGUAGAAUCAGGUAUCCUGCUUGCCAUGGCCUAUGACCGUUUUAUUGCCAUCCGCUCUCCUCUGAGGUACAACUCCAUACUUACCAAYUCCMGGGURAURAAAAUAGGUCUGGGGGUAMUGCURAGAGGCUUUKURUCUMUYRURCCCCCAAUUYUGCCACUYUWUUGGUUUYCAUAUUGCCGUUCCCAUGUUCUUUCCCAUGCCUUUUGCCUCCACCAAGAUGUCAUGAAACUUGCUUGUGCUGAUAUUACAUUUAAUCGCUUAUACCCAGUUGUUCUGGUGGCUCUGACUAUCUUCCUAGAUGCUCUGAUCAUUCUCUUUUCUUACAUCCUGAUUCUGAAGACAGUUAUGGGCAUUGCCUCUGGAGAGGAGCGAGCUAAGGCCCUCAACACUUGUGUCUCCCAUAUGAGCUGUGUCCUGGUAUUUUACAUCACUGUGAUUGGCCUGACCUUCAUCCACAGGUUUGGGAAGCAUGCCCCCCAUGUGAUCCACAUCACCAUGAGCUAUGUCUACUUUCUCUUUCCUCCAUUCAUGAACCCAAUUAUAUACAGCAUCAAGACCAAGCAGAUUCAGAGGAGCAUCAUUCACCUAUUUUCUGGGCAUGGCAGAGCUUGA